AUGUCGCUGGGAGAGCUAAGAGGGAACGAAUGGAAAAUCCCUUCCAUGGUGCAGCAGCCUGGGCGUGAGAAUAUAAGCGAAGUCUCCCUGAGGUCGGGGAAGAUAUACCAGAGCCCCAGCCCACCUGCGGUUUCCCUAGUGUCUAUGCUUGGACCAAGCCACCAAGAAGAAGAAGAGUCCAGUGGAGUUGAUCAAGCCAGAGGAAGAGAUAAAGGGAAAGCGAAAAUGGAAGGCGAGACCCUAGGAGAAAGUCAAGGAGAAGAAGCUGAGAAGGUCAAGCCGUAUCCAUACCGCGGAAUGGUGACCAGGAAGAAAGACGCCACAAUCGAUGUGGCCAGUAUGUUCAAAGAGAUAGAAGUCAAGGUGCCACUCCUGAUGGCGUUGAAGAUGCCCCCGAUCAGCAAGUUUAUCAAAGACUACCUGGCAGGGAAGGUCAAUGAAGACGGGAGAAUGAUCACAGAAGAGAAUGUCUCUGCAGUGAUCCAGAGGAGCGACCUUCCCUCAAAGAAAACCGACCCAGAGAUGUUCACACUCCCGAUUUCGAUCGGAGAUAUUCAAGUGGAACACGCCAUGUGCGAUUUAGGGGCAUCUAUCAACGUUCUGCCGUAUGCUAUUUACAAAAAGCUGGGAGAGGCUAAGCUGGUCAACACCGACAUCGUGAUACAGCUAGCCGACAGAUCUUGCAUUCACCUGGAAGGAAUUCUGGAAGAUGUAAUCGUGAAGGUAAACAACUUUUUGUACCCAGCUGACUUCUUCGUCAUCAAGAUGACAGAGCCAGCAGCGAAGGAGUCCAGUGGAGUCCUGUUGGGAAGACCGUUCCUGUCGACAGCCAGUACUAUAAUAGACGUUCGUAAUGGGAUGAAAAGCUUGGAUUUCAACGGAGAAGCGAUGAAGCGGCCGUCAGACAGUGAAAAUGUGUAUUCAGUGGACGUGACUGAGCCGCUAGUGCAGGAGUAUCUGGAGGAGGAAUUCUUGCAUAGACAGUUCGCAGAUUCCACUGUGGAUGAAGAAAUUGAGAGAGAAGUCGCAGAAUGGUAUGAAGCCAUGAACGUCGGUGAAAUGGAUGAUCAAACCAUCGCGAAAGCGGUGAUGGGUUUUUGCGAGCGACCGAGACCAGCUGGGUCAAGCGGGAUCGCUCAAGUGUCUAGCCUCGAGAAGCUGCCUGAUCAGGGCAAGCCACUGAAAAGAGAAAUGGAAUAG